UCGCGUGGCAAGCCUGGGGCUUUUCUGGUGUGGUGUAUGUGCCAACGCCUGCCGUGACAAAAUUGAUGGCGAGAAUACCUCGAGGACGUCCUCCCUCCUGGUGAUACUUUCAAUGGGCCGCGCAGGUAGAAGAUACCAGCCCAGCGAGGAUGGCUUCACCCUGUCUCUGAGCGUUGUGCGGUCGUUGGAUCAUCACCUUCAUUCCAGCUUCAACUUUCAGAUUCAAGAUGUCCCUGUCAUCCUGCUUGCUCUAGUCUCGGGAAAUUUUUUUAUUUUUCCUUUCUUUCUUUUAUUUUUUCUUUUUUAUUUUUUAUUUUUUUUUUCAGUUGUUGUUGUUGUUGUUGUUGUUGUUGUUGUUGUUGUUGUUGUUGUUGUUGUUGUUGUUUGGGGAGGUUCAGGACAACUUCUUCAACCUCAAAUUCCAUGUAGGCACGUGGCAGAUCAAUCCGACAGCAAUCAGGCUCGAUAUUAGUGCGUUGGUAUCAGUUACAUGCAUGUGCAACGCAAAAACUCGUGAUCCUGAACAUCGCGUUAGCGUAGCCAGUAGACAAAGGUGUCAGCGCUAUGUAUGUCUUGCUUAACUGUACAUACGAUGAUGGUGCGAAUC